AAAAGCUAUAAGAAAAUAUGCGGAAACUAACAUCACUGACCGUGUUAACUUUAUGUUUAGGAAUAGGCUUUGCCCAGUUUAAUAAUUUUAAUCAACAAGGAACACCGCAGAUUGGAGUCGGGCAAAAUCAACAGCCAGGUGGUUUUCCCCAAAAUUUUGGACCACGAAAUCAGGGAGGGGGGUUUCAACCUCCUACUCAAGGUGGAUUUCCAAACACUGGCCAACAGCCUGGUGGCUUUCCAACACAGGGUCAACAACCAGGGGGUAAUUUUCCUCCACAAGGUGGGCAGCAGCAACCAGGUGGGUUUCCUCCACAGGGUCAGCAAGCAGGAAAUCAGGGAGGAGGCUUCCCUCAAGGUGGUCAACAACCCGGCGGAUUUCCGAACCAAAAUCAGGGUUUUCCACCUCAGAACCAAGGAGGAUUCCCACCGCAAAAUCAAGGAGGAUUUCCGCCACAGAAUCAAGGAGGUUUUCCGCCUCAGAACCAAGGUGGAUUUCCUCCCCAAGGACAACAAAACGGUCCACAGGUAAACAGACCCGGACUUGGAGGAUUUCAGCCAAAUGCUAUCGGUGGAUUUGGAACCGUUGGGAAUAGAUUUGGAAACCCUUUUAUUCCUGGGAAUGUGAUUGGAGCAAACCUACCGGGGGCAAAUAAUGGAAACACCCAAAAUCAAUUCACAGCCAGCGGGCAGUUGUUUAUGAGUCUUUCGCAGAACCCUAACAACUAUCGUUAUGCUACAUGUUACUUCAACUCGACCGAGAACAGUAUCAGGGGACGGGCCGACUUCAGACAAUUUUUGUUUGGUGACUCGGGUGUGGACAUAAGAAUUCAGCUGGUGGGACUUCCCACCUCACCCGUGGAUACCCAGAGAGGAAUCCACAUCCACGAAUUCGGAGAUAUAGGCGAAAGAUGUUCCCGUGUGGGACCCCACUUCAACCCCACCCAGACCCGCCACGGUGGCCGAAACAGUUACCCAUUCUUGCGUCAUGUUGGAGACUUAGGAAACAUGCUGCAGUCAGCCCAGGGGGUUGCUUCCACACAGUUUAGAGAUGAGGUCAUUUCCCUUCAGGGCCAGGGCAGUAUUCUCGGCCGAUCAUUAGUGGUUAAGUUGGAGCGGGAUGAUGAAGGAACUGGAACUAACUCUGCCAGUCUACAGAACGGUAACGCACGCACCCCUAUUGCCUGCUGUACCAUUGGGCGCGCCAGCCCAGCAAACUGGAGAACUCCCUACUCAGAGGACGAUCUAAUGGUCAUGUCGGGGGGAGCCUGGUCACCUAGCUCAAGCUCUAGCUCAGGUUCAAGUCUCCAGGGAACGCAGACUGGUGUGAACUCACAGGGAACACAGACAGGACUCAACACACAGGGGGCAAGUCCAGGGGGUGGAAAUAGCUUCAACAGUCAGGGAGCUUCCUCCAACACUCAGGGGUCACAGACAGGAUUCAAUACUCAGGGGUCCAGUCUAGGGGGUGGGAAUAGCUUUAACACAGGCGGGUCAGCGUUUUCAAAUAAUUUUGGAGGCGGAUCUAACUCAGGACAAUCAUCUUUUGGUUUCUUAGGAAACCAGGGCAAAUAAAUAAACAUUUGUUAAUUAUGUGAAUGAAUGUGGUGUAAAUGUUUUUGAGCGCUUUACUAUUUAUAUGAGUUUUUAUACAAUAAAAUUUGUAAAAUAUUCA